AUGGCGCUGCAAGAAAACAACAGUUCAGAAAAAAACAAUUCAAGGGGUGUUACGAAGAAAUUCUGGCACUUCACGAUAGCUUCACUUCGCUAUCUUUUCGACAACUUUAAUACCCUACCUUUCAUUGGCGCUUUGGUUGUAACCUACAAAUGUGUGGAAAUCGCAGUGGUAUCUACAUUGAUGGAUUACUUCAACGGUUCAAUGGAGGUGGAGAGUCAACGAAUAGCGGCCAUUGCUACAAAUCUUCAAGAUGGUCUAUCAUCGCUCUUCGUAGUUAUUGUUUCUCAAAUUUCAGCAGCAUAUACAGGUUAUUACACUAUGAUAACGUUUUGCACUGCAGCUUCAAUAGAGGGUUUAAUGCUACUAUGGACAUCUGCAUCAUCAACCAAACCUUCCACAUUUCGUGCGGUCUAUGGAGCCAUAUUCUUCCUAGCAUUAGGAACAAGUGGUAAAAAGCUUUUACAAAGUUUUUAUGAAUACCAAUUGGAGGAGAAAACUAAAGACAGACAUGCACGUAGUGGAAGCACAGAAAACAAAAAGGAGCAAGGUUUCAUGGGUAAAGUGCUAACUAAAAGUUGGUCGAUCGCGCCAUCUGUUGCAUAUUUUGUGAUGACAAUGUUUCUUUCCGUCAUCAACAUCACUACGACGUACGAGGAGCGGUUCCUAUUCGCGGCACUUCUCAUGGGUGGGACUUACAUGUUGUUCCUCGCUGGUUCGGUGUGGUACAGCCGCGAAGAAUUGCCCAUCGAAAGCGAUCUACACAAGAUAUACAGAAUCUUCAAAGUAGCUUUAGGGAAACGAUAUGAAAAAUAUCCAACCUCGCCUAGUGGCUAUUAUUGGAAGGAUAGUAAGGGAGGUCGUUCGUAUGAAUACCAUGAAGGAGUAAGGUUACUUCCACCAGUUCCCUGUCUGUUCAGGUGGUUGGACAAAGCAGCUAUACUUGAAGCAGAAGAUUCCAGAGAGAGUCUGGAGUUGCAAGAAAAGAAUGAGAAGCUUUGCACUGUAAAGGAAGUGAGCGAUGUGAAGAGCCUUGUUCCCAUGUUUUGCCUGUGCCUUGCAUUCUUUGGCUACAGUUUACUACUAGCCACUGAGAACACUUUCUUUGUUUCGCAAGCAAGCAACAUGAGGUCAAAUAUUACAGGUCAUAAUGAUAUCUCUUUUCUCGUUUUGAUCACGGCGGUCACGAGUGAUGCGACAGGAACCAUCUGCCAUAUUAUUAGUUGUGCAAUCGGACACUUUAAAAUAUUCAGUUGCAUCGAUAAUGUGUGCAACAAGAAAGCAGCAAUUGCGAGGAUUGGUCUUGGUAUGGUUUGUGCAAUAAUUUGUAGCCUCAUAGCAUGGCAAGUUGAGGUUGGUAGAUUGAAGGUAAGCACGUAUGAGGAUCGUAGAAACUCCACAGUGGCCUUGCUUCCGCAAUUUUCAGCGUUGGGAAUCACAAAGGGGCUUAUUGAAGGUGGCAUCGAGAAUUUGUUCCAUGGGCACGUGGCGAAAUCAAUGUGGAGUUUUGAUGAUGCAUACAAGGAAUUGGUGAUUGGUAAUGGAAAAUUCAUGAUCAUACCACUUGUCUUGAGUAUCCCUAGUUGGUUUGGUGAUACUUUGGACUCAAGUCGUUUGGACAAGUUCUAUCUGACGUUGGGCAUAUUGAACGCUGUGUUUCUUCUGGUUUUUUGUUUCUACUCCUUGAAAUAUGCGUACAAAGAAGUACGUCCCGAAGAUGAUCCAGCAGUUGAAGAUGAAAAUGUGGAUUUCCCAGUUCCACAGUCUCCGGUACCCAUCGCCACCGCAGUCGUCGUCGUCGCAGUUGUCGUCGCCGCCGCCGGAGUUCCAGAAUCGACCGAUGAACGGACCAUCCACUUGCCACCGCAAAAGUCACCAGAUCCGCCGCUUCCCGCCGUGCGUGCCGGCGCGUCGCCUGCGAGAUCCGCCACCGACCAGGACCGUCGUGAUCGCCUCCUCGUCCUCUUUCUGGAUCCGUUGUCAUUGCGUCAAUCGGAGCACUUUGGAUUUUUAGGGUUUCUCCCUCUCCAUGGCUGCCCAUCAUGA